GUCCCCGCGGAGACGGAGGGGGAGUCACUGAUCCUCUACGGUGCAACAUUGUCUCAGCAAGUGACGCUAGCUAACCCCUCUCCAGCGUGGCACUGUCUUUGAAGAAUAGUAGCCGAACGGGCUGUUGAUUUAGCGGAUGAAAGCUCGAUUUCUUUGACGAAAUAUACGCGGCGAACACUCGUAUGCAAGCCUCUUGAGGAUAUACAGAUUCAUCAUAGUGAAAAAUCGUUUGAUUUUGGUUCAUUUCGCGAAGGGCCCGGAUACAUCUUGAUACCCAUAGAGAGACUCAACUCAGGUCCUUUCGUCCUGACAUGGACACAGGAAUUGUACCAGAAAAGAAAAGGGUGAGCUCAGAGCGGAGGAAGGAGAAGUCAAGGGAUGCAGCGCGAUGCCGGCGUGGGAAGGAGUCGGAGGUGUUCUACCAGCUGGCCCAGGAGCUGCCCCUGCCCCACACCGUCAGCUCCAGCCUGGACAAGGCCUCGAUAAUGAGGCUCACCAUCAGCUAUCUGCGCAUGAGAAAACUGCUCAGCAUUGAUGAGCCAAUGGCUGAGGAGGAAACAGACCUUGAUUUACAGCUAAACAGCUCUUACCUAAAGGCUCUGGAAGGUUUUCUCAUGGUGCUGUCUGAAGACGGAGAUAUGAUCUAUCUCUCCGACAACAUCAACAAGUGCCUCGGACUGGCACAGUUUGACCUGAUUGGACACAGUGUGUUUGACUUCAUACAUCCCUGUGACCAGGAGGAGCUGAGGGAGAUGCUGGUCCACAGAACAGGCUCCAAAAAGGCCAAGGAGCCAAGCACGGAGCGCAGCUUCUUCCUCCGAAUGAAAUGCACUCUGACAAGCAGGGGCCGCACUGUCAAUGUCAAAUCAGCUACAUGGAAGGUUCUCCACUGCUCAGGUCAUGUCCGUGUAUAUGACACCCACACCGAGCAGACUCAAAACGGGCAUAAGGAGCCACCUCUCCCCUACCUGGUUUUGAUCUGUGACCCCAUACCACACCCAUCUAACAUUGAGGUCCCUCUGGACACCAAGACCUUUCUCAGCCGCCAUACAAUGGACAUGAAGUUCACUUAUUGUGAUGAGAGGAUCACUGAGCUCAUGGGUUAUGACCCAGAGGAUCUGCUCAAUCGUUCUGUGUACGAGUACUAUCAUGCUCAGGACUCAGACCGUCUCACCAAGACUCAUCACAACUUGUUUGCAAAGGGCCAGGUCUGCACGGGCCAGUAUCGGAUGUUGGCCAAGAGAGGAGGCUUUGUGUGGGUGGAAACCCAAGCCACUGUCAUCUACAACAAUAAGAACUCCCAGCCACAGUGUGUCGUCUGUGUCAACUUUGUGCUCAGUGGUAUCCAGGAGGAGAAACUGAUCUUGUCUCUGGAGCAGACCGAGGAUGUGAAGCCAGUGAAGGAGGAGCUGCUGCAGGUGGAAGAAAAGGGUUCAGUGGAGAGCAGCCAGCCUGACAUGUCUCCAACCCUGCUGAAGGAGGAGGAGGAGGUGGAGGUGGAGGAGAAGGGCCCAGAGGUGGAUGUGAUCAAACUGUUCACUCAGGCAGUUGAGACCCAGCCGUUGUCUAGCCUGUAUGACCAGCUGAAGGAAGAGCCUGAGGCCCUCACCCUGCUGGCCCCAGCUCCUGGUGACACUUUCAUCUCCCUGGACUUCAGCUGCCCUGAUUCAGAGAUCCAGCUGCUGAAGGAUGUCCCUCUUUACAAUGACGUAAUGCUUCCCUCUACCAGUGACAAGCUGGCUAUGCCUCUGUCCCCUCUGCCAUCCAGCGAGCCUCUCCAUGUCACCGCCACCAACACCUCUGAGGGUGCAAAAGCUGAGUGCUAUGCUCCAGCCCCAUCCACUACACCGGCAAGCUCCUCAGAGGCUGACGGUCCGCUGGACUUCUGUUUCCCCAUGGACUCAGAUAUGAGCUCAGAUUUCAAACUCGACUUGGUGGAGAAGCUGUUUGCUAUUGAUCCUGAGCCCAAGACCCCCUUCACCACACAGGCAGUGGAAGACUUGGAUCUCGAGAUGUUAGCUCCCUACAUCCCCAUGGAUGAUGACUUCCAGCUGCGCACUCUAACCCCAGACGAGCCUCUAUCUUGUGGACCAGUCAAAUCGGUCCAGAGUUCUCCAGUCUGCGUGGCACAGGACAUCCACAGCUACCCCAGCUCACCGGGCAGCGGCACAGUUUCCCCAGCACCAGCUGAGCCAGUCAGCGCCCCUCAUCUUGCCACUGUUCUUGCUAAGAGGACCACACAUCUGAACAAAGAACUCUCGCUCAGAACCCUGGCCGCUCAGAACACACAGCGCAAAAGAAAACUGGGUGACAUAAAAGAGGCGAUUGGACAAGAAACUCUUCAGGGACAACUGGAGCAAGGGAAAAAGCUGAAGGCCUCAGAACCGGGAACAACCACGACCAUACUUCUGUUGCCUUCAGAUUUGGCAAGUCGUCUGCUGGGCAGCACAUCCGAGGGCACCAGUUCCCUCUUCACCCUGCCGCAGCUCACCCGCUACGACUGCGAGGUGAACGCCCCCUUACAGGGUCGUCAGUACCUGCUGCAGGGGGAGGAACUGCUGCGCGCUCUGGACCACGUCAACUGAGUCAAUGCUUAGCCUGCUCACUGCUGAACUAGACUGGACACUACAGUUUCUCCAUCAUAUUGUCACUCCCUCUCCAAGACCCCACCCAUCCUACUGCCCCUUUAUUUAUGUAUCUGAAUGAGUUUUGACUUUAGUUUGGCUGCCGUUUGUGCACAUAAUGUGAUACCUGCAGCAUUCCACCGUGACAAACGCCAUUGCAGCAUCUGGGUUUUGGUGCAAGGGAUUCAGGCAUCCUGAGAUGUCCAACUGUCGUUUUUUGUCUUGUUUUGUUUUUUUCUUUUCUCUCUUUUGGGGGGAGUCUCAGCACACAGCGCCUCGACAGAUGACCCUUAUCCAGCAGGUCACCACAGAACCUGGCGCUACUGCCAGCAGUGUAUUGUAAGCUUCAGUCGCACAAUUUAUAUUUUCUUAAAAAGAAAAAUAUUACCAGCAAUAUAUAUUAAGCCUUUUUAAAGUCGUUUUAAUGGGAUUUGAACAAUUUUAUUUUUCCUCCCAUACUUGUAUGUUGUAGUACUCGUACCUAACAAGAUGUCUUUAGUCCAGAAGUAUGAACAUAUUGUUUAAACCUUAGGUGGUUUGAAUGUUAUCUCCAUUUAAUAGCUAUCAGUCUUUGAGGUAAUUGCAUAUAAUUGUGUAGCAGUCCAGUACAUGUCACUUUAUUAUUUUACUGUAAGUGUGUGUUACUGUACAUAUACCAGGGAAAAUUUCAUUUAUGGCUUCACAGCUUUGACUCUUUACUCUUAAUGAAAAAUGAGUCUUCACUUUUUUUUCCUUUUCUUUCAUCAUCAUGGAGAAUUGGCAUUUUUCUCUUGACAUGAAGAAAAGUUCAUGUUUUUGGUUUUUACAGUAAGUGACAUACACAAAAAAAAAUAAAUCUGUUUAAAAUAAGUGGGAUCUCAGAAAUCCAUAUUUUGUGUGAUCAUGGUCAUCAUAUUAUUAUCCGUGAAUUGUCAGUCUUGUUUGCUUCAUUAAUGGAUAGUCAAUUUAAUACCAUUGAUCCAUGCCAUAUUGUUGGGUCUCAUGCUUCUUGUUGCUGUCAAACAUUAAAUAGCUUUAAUAAAGUACAUUGUUUCAGGUUUCAAUAA